AUGAACGCUUGGCUGCCACAAGCUAGUUAUCCCUAUAGUAACUUUUCUAGCACCUCUAGCCUUAAAUUUCAAGGGACUAAAGGAUUAAUAGGCUACACUUUUAUACGCCAAAGCUCCUACCUAUUCUACACCCCCUAUAUCUUUUUAUAA